CAGUGUACGAGGUGCUGGGGACUCGGCCACCUCUCUGCAGGCUGUACGAAGCCACCCCGGUGCCGUGUGUGCGCCGGCCGCCAUCUAGAAUCGGUGCACCGCGCUCGGUGCGCCAUGUUCGCGAAGGAGAAUCGCGCCACCUCAGACCCUUGCACUCACGUGCGCUGCAUGAACUGCCGUGGUCUCCACCACGCCGACUCCGACCAGUGCCCCAAACGCACCGCUUUCCGGAACGCUGGCCCCGCUCCGAACUCUUCUCUCGAGCGCCCCGUGCUGCUCGCUGCUGGCGACUCCGAUUACGACUUUAAUUUCCCCCCACCACCCCCCGUCUGCUCCCCUCCGUCACCACAAGGCAUGCCUGCACCGAAUAUGGGAUCCACAUGCCGGCGUAGCAACACUUAAAUGCAGGGGAUCAGUUUUUAUCCAGCCUGCUGCGUGGUAGGGUUCACCGCGCGUCACCCAUUCAUUCUGUUGAUUCCCUCAGUUCUUUCCCUCUGCCCCGACAUCUCUUUGGCUGCCAACUCACUCCACCCUUCAGCCCGCCGUUGUGCAAUUCACUAACCCUGGUCCAGCCGGCUCCCCCUCAAUGUUCAACUGGUCACCAUGCCCCGCACGCCACUUUGCCUCUGCGGUGAAUGAGGACUGUUUGGUGGGAGUAUCUUGGGGGUUCGAUUCCCCUUAAACAGUGUUUCUAACGAGUCAACGGACUGACCGCAGCGCCGUUUUCGAGUUUGGUUAGGCAUAUGCAUUUUGUUAGGUUAUCGGCGCUUGCGUGGUCCAUGACACAGCUUACCGGGCUUCGUGCCCUUCUACUAUACGCCUGCUCUGUUGCAUCCGUGGGGACCUGGUGUCCGUACGUUAAGCUUCUUCGCCCCCAGAUGCGUCUGGUCCUCCAUUGUUAC